CAAAAUGUUCAAAUGAAACUAUUCGUUGACACUUCUCAUGGACACCACAAUGGAGAAUAAAGCUCUGCCGAUUAAGAAGAAACGAUCGAGAAAUGUUCCAAAAGAAUAUUUCCAAAUGGAUCUUCCACUCUACGUGAUCGACGCUGAAAUCGACGAAGCAGUUUGGCAAGGAUAUAAAGAUGAAGAGAAGAAAAAGGAGCUUAAACGAAAACUUGAUGAAGUAACAAAAAUAGUAGAGCUUCAAAUUGCUGAAAAAGAACAAAAUGGGCUGAACCAUAAAGAAGCAAAGAGAGAAACAGAUGCGGCAAGAAGGAAAUUGUCAAAAGAAAUCAAGAAAUCCAAUAACAUGCAACAUAAAUAUAAGUCGACGAGCCGUGAAACUGUGAAAAAAAUAAAAAAAUAAUUAGCAAUGAAAAAAAAAAUUAUCAAAAUAAAUAAACUGGCAUGUGAAACGUGGCUUAUUUUUUAUUUUAUUUAUUAUUCAAGCUCCUCCCAUUUUUUAAAAUAAACUAAUAAAUGAAAAUUUCAACGAAAGGUCAGGUAUGGGAGGAGCUUAAAUAAAAAACAAAAUAAAAAAUAAGCCACGUUUCACAUGACAGUUUAUAUAUUUUGAUAAUACUGUUUGAUUGAAUUUUAGUUUUUAAAGUAAUGAAUAUUUG